CUGGUUCAGCACGGUCCGUGAGGAAGCGGGCUGACCAAGGAAGCUGAACCAGCUGAACGAGCAUUGUUCAUUUCGGGAUGCUCAGUGCUUACCGCGAUCCGCUUGGUCUGACCGAGAUCCCACUGCGACCCAAGGAACCGCAAGCCUACCUUAUCUGAGACGGAAUUCCCUCACGUAACUAUUGUUGUCGUGAUUGAUUGAUGCUGAUAGUGGUCUGUCUUUGCCGCGCCCGCACUCCCCCACUUGCAGGGUGCAAUGUGCAGAGGGCAGUCCAAGGGCUUUACUGGGCCCUAGGCUGGGGCGGGCGUCGAUCAUGUUGGGACACUGGUCGACGCAGCCAUCUGUUGGACCUCACAAGUCGCAUCACCGUCUCUGUAUGGAUGCUCAUUAUCCCGUGCAUAGUCACACUGGCGACCCAUGAGGCAGAGGGGGCUAUUGGGUCGCCGCCAAAAGUCUCAGCGUGAGACAGCGCUUUCCGACUGGCAGAAGCUGGCCGGAAUGUGGAGUAGUGCGCCA